AUGUAUGCGGACCGAAAGGUUCGGGAUUUAGAGUUUAUGGUGGGCGAGCAGGUUCUUAUGAAGAUUUCACCCAUGAAGGGUGCUGUGAGGUAUCAUUUAGACGGGACUCAUAUUGUCAGUUGGGAUUCUGUGUUGCUGGAUGAGAAUCUGUCCUAUGAGGAGGAGUCUAUUGGGAUCUUGGAUAGGCAGGUUAGAAAGUUGAGGUCUAAUGAGAUUGCUUCUGUUAAGGUUCAACAGAAGCAUCGUCAUAUUGAGGAGGCCACAUGGGAGAUCGAGUCAGAUGUACAUGCCAGAUAUCCUCAGUUAUUUGCUAACUCAGGAGUGGGUGAAAAACCAGAAAUUUGGUGUUUGGUGUUCGUUGUAGCAGCACCAGAUCCGCUAUAG